AUGUAUCUCCGCGCCGUCCACGCAGAGUCCUCUACAAAGGCUCUCUUCGAAUUUAUCAAGGCCAAUCCUCUAGGCAUCAUCACCACCGCCAUCCCAUCUUCCACCCACCACUUCAUCCAAUCCAGCCAUGUACCCUGGGUCCUAGACGUGUACACGGAUGACCCCGAAGCACCAGUCAAGGGCCGUCUACGCGGCCACAUGGCCCGACAAAACCCCCAAUGCAAAGCCAUGAUGGAAGCAUGCACCGCCUCUGGCACAACAAAACUGCAACAAGACGUAAUGAUCCUAUUCACUGGCGCUGCCCACCACUACGUGACGCCCAAGUUCUACACCGAGACGAAGCCCGAUACGGGCAAGGUCGUUCCAACCUGGAACUAUUCUGCGGCCCAGGUCUACGGCAAGGCUACUAUUUACUUUGACUCGGCAGCCCCGGAGACAUCGGAGUAUCUCUCACAGCAGAUUCAUGAUCUUUCGCAGAUGUGUGAAACUUCUGUUAUGGGGUAUACGGGGAAGGAUGGGAAGCCUGGUCCGUGGAGUGUGGCUGAUGCGCCGGAGCGGUAUAUUGAUAUUAUGAAGAAGAAUAUUAUUGGGAUUGAGGUUUCGAUUGAGAGUAUUGGGGGUAAAUUCAAGAUGAGUCAGGAGUUGGGACAGGGGGAUCGGGAGGGAGUCAUUCAGGGUUUUGGUAAUCUUGGAUCGGAGGUUGGGACUGAGAUUGCGGAGUUGGUGAAGGAGCGUGGAGAGAUGAAGGAUGCUGAGAAGAAUAAGCAAUGA